AUGAAGUCUUCUUGCGGUGCAAGGUUCACGCUCUUGAUUCUCUUUCUCUUUGCAGCACAAUCUAUGAGCGUCUACGCAGGCAGCUUCCACAAAGACGUUCAGAUACAUUGGGGUGAUGGCCGUGGAAAGGUUCUCGACAAUCUUGGGAAUCUUCUUUCCCUCUCGCUCGACAAAUCCUCUGGUUCUGGUUUUCAGUCUCAUCAGGAGUUUUUCUACGGCAAAGCCGAGGUUCAAAUGAAACUUGUCCCUGGUAACUCUGCUGGAACAGUGACAACAUUUUACCUGAAAUCGCCGGGAACUACGUGGGAUGAGAUAGAUUUCGAGUUCUUGGGAAACAUAAGUGGUCAUCCAUAUACUUUACACACUAAUGUUUACGUAAAAGGCACAGGAGACAAAGAACAACAGUUUCACCUAUGUUUUACAAUUGAUGGAAUCCCGAUUAGAGAGUUCAAGAACUCAGCGUCACUCGGAGUUCCAUUCCCAAAUAACCAACCAAUGAGGCUCUACGCAAGCCUUUGGGAAGCUGAGCAUUGGGCAACAAGGGGAGGAUUAGAGAAAACAGACUGGUCAAAAGCUCCCUUCACCGCUUUUUACAGAAACUACAAUGUGGACGGAUGUGUAUGGGAUCAUGGAAAAUCACCUUGCUCUUUGAAUUCCCCUGGUUCCAGUAGCAGAAAACCAUGGUUUACUCAAGAACUAGAUGUCAAAGGCAAAAAUAGAGUGAAGUGGGCACAGAGAAAGUACAUGGUCUACAACUAUUGCACCGACAAGAAAAGGUUUCCUCAAGGUGCUCCUCCAGAGUGCGGUUAA